GUUUGUUCUUAUUCAGGUUCCAUUUUGAGAGGAUAGAGAAAAAAUAAUCUUGAGAGAAGAAAAUAAUAAAGUCUGAUGAGAGAGGAGGGGAGUGGGGCACUGACUCUAAAAUGAGUCUCUCUGUUGACCGAGAGGAGGGGGGCACUGCCUCUAACAGGAAUCUCUCUGGGGUACAUGACACUAAAGCUACGAGCCCAAUCCAUCAGGAGGGACCCAACUCCCCUGUAUGCACCUGUGUGUCCAUGAAAUGUGACCAAUCUAUGGAUCUACCUCUCACGUUUAAAGAGGGAAACCUUCCUACUGAAAAAAGGAUCGAACAUCAGAGACCUGCCUCCCCUGUACCCAGCUGUGUGUCCAUGAAGAGUGACAAAUCUAUGAAUCCACCUAUCAUGUUCAGAGAAGGAGAAGUUUCCAUUGAACAAAGGAUAAAGCAGCAGAGACUAGACUCACCUGUACCCAGCUGCGUGUCCAUGAAGAAUGACCUGUCUAUGGAACCACCUCUCACAUUUAAAGAGGAAAACAUUUCUACUGUAGAAAGGGUCCAGCAGGAGAGACCAGCCAUCACGGCACCCAGCUGUGUGUCUAUGAAGAGUGACCAGUCUAUGGAUCCACCUUUAAGGUUCAGAGAUGGAGUUGUUUCCGAACAAAUAGCCCAACAGGAGAUAUCAAGACAGUUCAAGACAGUGCUGAGCUCAGAUCUCCCUGAAGGCUUUGAGAUGAACCAGAAGGAGCUUGCUGACACACUGGAGAAAAGUGAGCUUGCUUUGAUUUGCCAACGGGAACUCAAAUCUAAUCUAAAGACGAAAUAUCAAAGUGCAUUUGAGGGUAUUGCUAAGCAAGGGAACCCAACACUUCUCAAUAAGAUCUACACAGAACUCUACAUCACAAAGGGUGGAAAUGGAGAGGUCAAUAACGAACAUGAGGUAAGACAAAUGGAGACAACAACCAGGAAACAAGCAAGACCAGAGACGGCAAUCAAAUGUAAUGACAUCUUCAAACCUUUACCUGGACAAGACAGACCUAUCAGAACUGUGCUGACAAAGGGAGUCGCCGGCAUUGGAAAAACAGUCUCUGUGCAGAAGUACAUUCUGGACUGGGCUGAAGGAAAAGCAAAUCAGGAUGUCCAAUUUGUAUUUUCACUUCCUUUUCGGGAGCUGAAUUUGAUGAAAGGAGAAAAACACAGUUUGUUUGAACUUCUCGAUCACUUCUCAAUGGAAACAAAAAAAUCAAGAAUCUCCAACUUUGACAAGUACAAAGUUCUGUUCAUCUUUGAUGGUCUGGAUGAGUGCCGACUGCCCCUGGACUUCAAGAGGAACAAGAGCUGUUGUGAUGUCACAGAGUCGACCUCAGUGGAUAUGCUGCUGACAAACCUCAUCAAGGGAAAUCUGCUGCCCUCUGCUCUUCUCUGGAUAACUACUAGACCUGCAGCAGCCAAUCAGAUCCCUUCAGGAUGUGUUGACCAGGUUACAGAGGUGCGAGGGUUUAAUGAUCCACAAAAAGAGGAAUACUUUAGAAAGAGAUUUAGUGAUAAGAACUUGGCCAGUAGAAUCAUCUCACACAUGAAGUCAUCAAGGAGCCUCUACAUCAUGUGCCACAUACCAGUCUUCUGUUGGAUCUCUGCCAAAGUUCUGGAGAAAAUGGGUGAAGAAGGGAGAGAGUUGCCCCAGACUCUAACUGAGAUGUGCACACACUUCCUGGUAUUUCAGACCAAACAGACAAAUGAAAAGUAUCUUGCGAAAGAAGAGACAGGUCCACACUGGAAUAAAACAAGCAUUCUGUCACUGGGAAAACUGGCUUUUCAACAGCUUGUGAAAGGCAAUCUAAUUUUCUAUGAAGAAGACCUGAAAGAGUGUGGCAUUGAUGUCAGGGAAGCCUCAGUGUACUCAGGAGUAUGCACACAGCUCUUCAGAGAGGAGUGUGGGCUGUACCAGGUCAAGGUGUUCUGCUUUGUGCAUCUGAGCAUUCAGGAGUUUCUGGCUGCUGUAUAUGUGUUUCUCAGAUUCAGCAAUGACAAUGAGAAUCUAAUAGCCAAACCACAGUUAAUCUUCAAACCAUUUUGGUUCAGAAAAACACCUGCAAUUGACUUCCACAAGAGUGCUGUGGAUAAAGCCUUGGAGAGUGCGGGUGGACACCUUGAUCUUUUCCUCCGCUUCCUUCUGGGCCUCUCACUGGAGUCAAAUCAUAAGCACUUACGAGGUCUACUGACAAAGACAAUAAGCAACCCACAGAGCCAUGAGGAAACAGUCAUGUACAUCAAGGAGAAGAUCAGGGAGAAUCCCUCUCCAGAGAGGUGCAUCAAUCUGUUCCACUGUCUGAACGAACUGAAUGACCAUUCUCUAGUGAAGGAGAUCCAAAGUUACCUGAGCUCGGGAAAUGUCUCCAGUGAAAACCUCUCACCGGCACAGUGGUCAGCUCUGGCCUUUGUGUUGCUGACUUCAGAAGAGGAUCUGGAGGUGUUUGACCUGAAGAAAUACUCCAAAUCAGAGGAAGGUCUUCUGAGGCUGCUGCCAGUUGUCAAAGCAUCCAGAACAGCUCUGCUGUCAGACUGUGGAGUCACAGAGGAAGGUUGUGCUUCUCUGGCCUCAGCUCUGAAGUCAAACCCCUCACACCUGAGAGAGAUGGAUCUGAGUAACAAUGACCUGAAGGAUUCAGGAGUGAAGAUGCUCUCUGCUGGACUGCAGGAUCCACAAUGUAAACUGGAGACUCUGAGGCUGUCAGGCUGUCUGGUCACGGAGGAAGGCUGUGCUUCUCUGGUCUCAGCUCUGAGGUUAAACCCCUCACACCUGAGAGAGCUUGACCUGAGCUACAAUCACCCAGGAUACUCAGGAGUCAGACUGCUCUCUGCUCGACUGGAGGAUCCACACUGCAGACUGGAGAGACUCAAUGUGGAUCAUGGUGGAGAACACACAAUCAAACCUGGGCUUAGAAAAUAUGCGUUUGAGCUCAAACUGGACCCAAACACAUCACACAGAAACCUCUCUUGGUCUGAGGUGAAUAGAAAGGUGACAUGUGGGAAUGGGAGUCAGCCGUAUCCUGAUCACCCAGAGAGAUUUCAGGACCGUCCACAGGUGCUGUGUAGAGAGGGUCUGUCUGGGCGCUGUUACUGGGAGGUAGAGUGGAGUGGGAAAUGGGUUAUGAUAGGAGUUGCAUAUAAAGGAAUCAGCAGGAGAGGACAACAUAAUGACUGUGUGCUUGGAGCCAAUGACAAGUCCUGGUGUCUGUUCUGCUCUGAUAAACAUUACAAUGCCAGGCACAAUAAUGAGAGAACUGUCACCUCCUCCGGCUCCCACAGAGUAGGAGUAUAUCUGGACUGGGUGGCCGGCACGCUGUCCUUCUACAUGUAUGGUAUCUCCACUGAUACACUGAUCCACCUGCACACAUUCCACACCACAUUCACUGAGCCCCUUUAUCCUGGGUUUGGGGUCAGUUGGUCCAAAUCCUCAGUUUCUCUGUGUCAGAUAGCCUCCUGAAGUCACACUCCUAUUGAAACACAACUGGGUGACAUGAUGGGUUAUUCUUCACUCAAAUAUAAAAAAAAAGAAAAAAAAGUCAUUGAAAAAAAAAAAAGUCAUGCAGAAAAAAAGUCAUU